GUUUAAUCACCAUCACAAUUCAAAAGUGGCAUCAAGAAGAGGGAGCAAGAGUUCCCCUAUAAUCAUGAAUUGAUCACUGAUUUUGUCUUUUUAAUAAAAUAUACUAUAAAAUAUCAAACAAUAAAAAAUAAAAUCAGUGAUCAAAAUAUAUAAUUAAAUAGAAUGGGGGAGCCGGCUGCAAAGAAGAAGGGCCUAAUUGCAGCCGCGGCCUCUAUUCUCUUAGUCGCGGCCGUCGUCGUCGCUGUCGUCACCACCAGCAGAGGCGGAAGCGGCGGCGGCGGCCGCGGCAGCGGCGCUACGGAUGUAGAAUCCACCACUAGGUCGAUCGCAGCUAUCUGCGCCCCGACGCAGUAUCAAGAAACUUGCCACGCCAGCCUCGACGGGGCCAACACCACCGACCCCAAGAAGCUUAUCGAGACGGCGAUCGACGUCGCCGUCGAUAAAGUCAGCAGCGUCCUGAAGCAGUCGAAACUGCUUCAGGAGGCCGCCGCCGAUCCGAUGACGAAACAAGCGUUCGACGUCUGCCGGGAAGUGCUCGAGAAGGCCGUCGACGACCUGAAGCGAACCGUCGAGCAAAUCGACGCCAUCGACGCCGCCGAGGUGAAGGAGUACGUCGCCGAUUUGCGGACGUGGCUGAGCGCCGUCGUCACGAAUCAGGAGACUUGCCUCGACGCCUUCGAGAACACCACCGGCGACGCCGGCCAGAAGAUGAGGAACCUGCUGAGGACCGCCCGGGAGCUGUCGAGCAACGGCCUCGCGAUGGUGACGGAUAUCUCGGAGUUCGUCGGCGCGCUGCAGCUCGAAGAAGUCCUCGGAAGCGGCCGGAAACUGGCGGCGAGGGCUCGGGACGAGGAUUUCGUCGAGCGGCGGCUGGUUCAGGCCACCGCGCUGUCGUUGAAGCCGACGAUCGUGGUGGCGAAAGACGGCAGCGGCAAGUUCAACCGCAUCAACGACGCCGUGGCUUCGCUGCCGAAGAGGAAUAAUGAUUCGUUCAUCGUGAUUCAUAUCAAGGCCGGCGUGUACAAUGAGAAUGUCGACAUUCCGAAAGGGCUUAACAAGAUUGUGUUCAUCGGCGAUGGACCGAACGCCACCAGAAUCACCGGAAAAAGGAGCGUCGCCGCCGGAGUUCAGACCUACUAUACCCCCACGCUUGCCAUUAACGGGGAGGAUUUCGUGGCCAAGGACAUCGGCGUCGAGAACACGGCGGGGCCCGACGGAUUUCAAGCCCUAGCCGUGCGCGUCUCCGGUGAUCGGGCCAUCCUCUACAACGUACACAUGGACGGCUAUCAAGACACCCUUUGCGCCGACACCCACCGCCAAUACUACCGGAAUUGCACCAUCUCCGGCACCAUCGACUUCGUCUUCGGGAACGGGCUUGCCCUAUUCCAAAAUUGCAAGUUCGUCGUGCGAAAGCCCGGCCCGAAGCAAGAAUGCAUGGUUACCGCUCAGGGCCGGAACGACCCCAAGAGCAACACCGCGAUCAUAAUCCAAAACGGGAAAUUCGCCGCCGAGCCGGCACUGCUGGCGAUGAAACCGCCGGUGCCGUCGUACCUCGGCCGGCCGUGGAAGGAGCUAUCGAGGACCAUCAUCAUACAAUCGGACAUCGAGGGAUUCAUCAACAAGACGGGCUGGGCCCGAUGGAUCGAUGAUAUCGGGCUCAACACGUGCUACUACGUCGAGUUCGGGAACCGCGGGCCCGGGGCAAAUACAACGGGUCGGGUCACGUGGAAGGGCAUCCGCAAGCUGACGGCGGAGCAAGUCCGGAGUUGGACCGGCGGAGUUGUCUACGGCGGCGACACGUGGAUCAAGGAAUCGGGAGUUCCGUACAUUCCGACGAUGAUGCCGAUUUAAUUUGAAGAAAAACCAAAUAAUUUUAGAUUGAUUAGCUGCGCUUUGAAUUUUGUGAUGAUUCAAACUCGUUUGUUGUAAUCAUAUCGUAUGAUUUCUUCAUGAGCGAAGUGAUUAGUAUAUACCUUUCGUUUUUAUUUUAA